AUGAAUUCUCCAACCACACAAGAAUCAGAAAACACAAUCCUCGACCGCCAUAUUAUUUUCUGGGACGCUCAACACAACCGUCCUGUACAACCCGGAAAUGACAUCGUCAAUCCUCACACCGGCAUUACUGAACCGAUAGGUUCUCAAGGCUGUACUAUCGGCCCUCCAGCAAUUGACUUCUUCGUUCACAACAUCACCCUGCCCCCCUCAGCAUUGUCGCCAAAUCCUUUCCGCGGACUUCGAACUGAAAUGAUCUCGACUCUGGAAGAAGUGCUUGCGAGUAUUGGAAAGCAUAUAGCGGAUGGGGAAUAUCAAGUCAUGUCCCUCAAUGCAACUCGAUACUCGGUCGUUCUUGUAGUCAGGUCAAUGCGGGAUCAGAUGGAGCUUGACGAUUUGUUCAUGCUGAUGAAGACGACACUUGCAUCUCAAUUGGCAGAGCGGAGCAGAGAGAUUGCGAGGGGUAUGAAGAAUGCUGGGGAAUGA